AUGGAGAAGGCCUGGAGAACUACGAGCCCCGAUCUACAAGGGACUGUCCGAUAUCGUUUUGAUACGAGAUCCGGACAAAGUAAAUACAAGGUGAGUUUUCCGAAAGCGUUCAAAUUUCAAAAUAAAGUUUUUUCUUUCAGAUUGAAGAGGAAAUUGUCGGAUUAAGCAGUCAAUAUGAAAAUGUUGAACAAGCAGUCGAUACGGAAGGGAAACGUCGACGGGAAAUAACACCAAUGAAAGGAAUAUUUUUUCGUGAGUUUUUCGAGUUUCCAAUCGAAGUUUCAUCAUUUUUUUGUUUAGCUACAUAGAAAGAAUAUCUUCAUGCAAAAGCUGACUAUCAGACAAACAAGAACGAUUUCGAGAACUUCUGGAGAAAGCGACGUUUCCAGUAACAAAUGUUUGAAAAAAUAUUGAAAUUGAGCAUAGAUCUUUUUUUGUUAAACUUUCAUGAUGUCUUUUUUUUAAAUUUUUCAUAAAACACUUUUUUAUAAUUGUUUUUCAUUCAUCUUUCCAAAGCUCCUGGGUUGCACUUUUUUUAGUUUUUUUGUCUCCUCACAUUUUGAAAUUUUUUUUGUAAUGGAAUUUCUGCAAUUUUUGAUAUUUUUAUGCAAUUUUGUUUUUCUAAUAACUUUUUUUGCUACAAUCUUGGAAAAAAAUAAACUACUACCCAAUUUCUCACAAAACGUUUAUCAAUACCUUUUAAUAGAAAUUCAACUGAAAACAUUGAGAAAAAUGACUAAAAAAAUUAUAUUCAGUUUGCUAAUAUUUUCGAUUUCUAUGAGUGAAGAUCGAUGCGGUUUAUUUGAAUUAUCACAACAAUUUUUGAAUAAUUAUCCAUUAUUAUUCUGAGAAAUUUUUUUCCUGUUCCUUCGUUCCACGAUAUGAUUUUCAAUGGAAAUUGUUGAAUAAGAAUGUUUAUUUUUUUCCUGUUUGUUGUUUAUUCCGUCAUAUGUUUAACCUUCAUGAAAUAUUUCGAAUAAUAUCAAAUAUGAUUUCUGUCUACUGGGAAAAGUCUUUAUCUCGCAGAUACAACUUCCGGAAACUAAAGAAAAAAUUGAUUUUUUUUCGAACUAUUCAAUUUUCAGAGGCUUUGCGAAAUGUGGAAAGGGCUGUCGAUUCUGCUGUCUUGACACUUGCGUCGAGAUUUUGCCAAAAAUAGAGGUUUUUUUUCAAGCAGCCCGAAAGGAGGUUCGGGCUAAAAUACCACGUUGGGGCUGUCGGACAUCCCCAAUGAGUUCACGCUCUCUGACUAGAUCAGAGGAACAAAGGUUUUUUAUUUUUCUUUAAUAUCCUAAUUAUUUCGUUUUUCUCAGCGUUUUUAUCAGCUCCCCUGACUUCCGAAUGAAAAUAAUGGAGAAGGCCUGGAGAACUACGAGCCACGAUCUACAAGUGAUUGCCCGAUAUCGUUUUGAUUCGAGAUCCGGACAUAGUGAAUACAUGGUGAGUUUUCCGAAAGCGUUCAAGUUUCAAAAUAAAGUUUCUUCUUGCAGAUAGAAAAAGAAAUUUUCGGAUUAAGCAGUCGAUACGGAAGGGAAACGUCGACAAGAAAAAACACCAGUGGAAGAAAUUUUUUUUGUGAGUUUUUUGAGUUUCAAUCGAAUUUCAUCAUUUUUGUUUAGAUAAAUAGAAAAUAUCUUCAUGCAAAAUGAACGAUCAAAAAAACAACAACGAUUUCGAGAACUUCUGGAAAAGCGUUGUAUCCAGUGAAAUAUAUUUGAAAAAAGUUCAAAUUAAGCACGGAUCAAUUUUUUUUCGUUGAACUUUCAUGAUUUCCUUUUUCUUUUCAAUUUUUCAUGAAACACUUUCUAAUUAUUGUUUUUUUUUAUCAUCUGUUUAAAAAUCCUGGUUUAAACUUUUUAUUUUUGUCUCCUCACAUUCUUAAUUUUUGUGUAAUGAAAUUUUGAAUCGGUUUUCUGCAAUUUUUUUUGAUAAUUUUUGUAAUUUGUUUUGUAAUAAUUUUUUGUACAGUCUUGGAAAAAUAAACUACUACCCAAUUUCUCACACAGUAUUUAUCAAUAUCUUUCAAUGGAUUUUGUUGAAUAAAAAUUUUAUUUUUUCUUGGUUGUGGUUUAUUCCGUAAUAUGUUUAUCCCUCAUGGAAUAUUUCGAAUAGAAUCAAAUAUGAUUUCUCUCUGCUGGGAAAGUCUUUAUCUCGCAGUUACAACUUCCGGAAACUAAAGAAAAAAUUGAUUUUUUUUCGAACUAUUCAAUUUUCAGAGGCUUUGCGAAAUGUGGAAAGGGCUGUCGAUUCUGCUGUCUUGACACUUGCGUCGAGAUUUUGCCAAAAAUAGAGGUUUUUUCUCUUUGUUAUCGAAAGUAAUAUAUUCAUUUGAUGACUUUGUCUGAUUUUUCGGAUUGAAAAAAAGAGGGUACAGGUGGGUUAAAUAAUUUUGUAAACAGAUAAAAAAAAAACCAAAAAAAAAAGAUUUGUCCUCUGGGAACAGGGCCAUUUGCUAGUAUUUCAGUGUACAAUUUGCUAAACUUUCUCGUUUCUCAGCGAUAAACACACAUUUCCAAACAUUUUUGGUGCUUUCCUGACAAAAAAAGCCCUGGAUAAUACUUUAGCAGAACUCUCCGUUUCAGCGAAAGCUCAAAAACGAACACAAUUUUCGAGCGAAUUUUUCCAAUUCUCAUCGUUUUCUCGGUUUUCCUCGUUUUUCCGGGAUUCCUAUCAUCAGACUGUUUAUUCAAGAGAAUUAGAAGUCUUUUUUUGGGGCUCACAGUGUUGAUCUUCCAACGGAAAAGAAAUACCCAACAACUUGAAGGGUUAUUCGCAAAGACGUCGCGGAGUCUCAACUUUUCUCUAAUGCCUCAAGAUUUUCAUUGAGAGUCUUGGAAGGAGAAAAAGUUGAUUUUCUAGAAUUUCGCAAAGACUUCCAGAAAGAAAGUUUUUAUUCAAGGAUAUGAGUUUAUGUAAACUUAUAUUUUUGUAUCUCUCGAUAAGCGAAGCAGCCAAAGAUAGAGAUACCGAAGUUUUCUCUCCGGGUUAGUGGGUUUCAAUCGAAUUUUUUUCUUUCAAAUUCGGUGAUCGCAAGGAAAGGCUUGAUUUCUUUAAGAGCUAUCCAGAUUUGAGCUCUGAAUGACAUCAGUUUCAUAUCUUUUAAUUUCCACACUUUUUCACAUCGAAAAGACUUAGGAGGUUUUUGUUGAGGCCUUUUCUCUAAAAACGAUCUUUUCCACCUGCCGUGGUCUCGGCACCUUUCCAUAUUCAUUGAACGAUGUUUCAGAAUACGUUUUCAAGGCCAAGCUCGAAAAAGUUUCAAUAUGGGCGAUUGCGAAAAAGGUACCGUCGAUUUGCAAGUUUUUCACUUUUCAUUAUAAUAACUUCUUUCAGCCGAUCAGCCUGGAAAACCACUGUAUCGCAGUCGAGCCGCCGGGCGAGGCUUCCGAUAAUCGCUGCAGUCGCAACUCCGGUCGCUUCUGCUCAGCGGUUUUCUUUUUUCAAAUUUACGGGAACCUUCUUCCUUUUAUGGAGUUUUUUAACUUCGAAUUUCAUUACAAUGAUCAAAACCUGAAAAUAAAAAGAGUUCGAAGGCUUUUUUCUAGCACCGAAACCAUUAGACGGAAGAUUUUCUUGAAACGUGCUGAACUUUUUUCAGUUAAAUUUUAUUCGAGAAAAUAACCGCUUUGACGCUAAACUUAAAUCAAAAAUAAAAGCUUGAAAUUUGUACGCAAAGAACAAUAAGUUUGGUGAAUUUGAGAAUACCAAGCUAAACUUGUGAAUUUUCAUAAAUUUCACUCAUCUUCUUCUUUUCAGGCAAAGCCAGAGAGUGGAUGCUCAAUGACCGGCUAUUCCACCACAUGUCGCGAAGAAAGACCCACGGAGUCUGAAAACGUAAAAACUGGGAACAAUAUUCGUAUAAUUAUUACAAUCUCAUUCAGGUUUUGAGCUUCUGGGAUUUUGAAGAAACUUUUGCAAGAAAGUGCUCCUGGGGGGCACAUCGGAUAACACGACCUUCGGUACGUUUCAAAAGAAUUUUCUCCGUUUCAUUUCAAUUUUUAGGUUGGUUGGGGGAUUCUCGUGGAUCGAACAUGAAAAGAGGAGGAAAUCGGUCAUGAGGGACCCCGGUUGGUUGCUUUGGAGUCUCAGGCGAGACCCUUCGCCUCUUGUGAGUUUUUUUUCCCCGUUUUCACAUUUUCAUCUUACCCUCUUCAUAAAGUGACCAAUUUUUGUGUAGUUGUGUUUCAAAAAUAAAAUUCUGGUUCUUCAACCAAAUUAGGAAGUCAUUCGCAACCAAGUGAUUUUUCCAAAAUUUGAGACGACUAUUAUAAUUUUUUUUUAGUCAACGGAAAAGGAAAAUCGCUGGGUCAAAGCGGGGCCGCCGGACGAGGUCAAGUUCCGGCCGGAGCUCCCCCAAUUCUCCGGCGAAACGCUCCAACUCUCGUGAGUUUGGUGUAGUUUUGUUUCGAAAUGCGAAGUUCUGAAUUCCAACCAAAGUAGGAUGAAAUUCGCAACUAAUCUUUUCUUCCAACUUCAUCCAUUUCUGAGAAUUCUUUUGUCUUGAAAGCGAGAGCGCGGUUUUGAAUACUUGAAUCCUUUUCGAAUAUUUUCAUGUCCUUAAGUUCUGACUUUUCUGUAUUCACACUAAGACGAACAUUUUUUCAUUUUUUUUAACUAUCUCGAAAAUUUUACAAAAGUUCAAGCGGUGAAAAAAAGAAGAACUUGAGUGAGCGAGGUUUUUCGAAAAAAAAAGUAUCUUGAAGAUGAUCUGGUUCAGCUCCGAGAAAAGACGAUCUGAUUGUGUCGUUAGAGCUCUCCAAAAUCUCCGGCGAGACGUUUUGAAGAGAGAAGGUUUUCUCUUUUUUUUAUAAUAUCCUAAUUAUUUCGUUUUUCAGCUUGGUUUGAUAAGCUCCCCCGAUUUUCGAAUGAAGAUCAGGAAGAGCUGGAGAGCUUCGGGCUCCAAGCAGCCCGAAAGGAGGUUCGGGCUAAAAUACCACGUUGGGGCUGUCGGACAUCCCCAAUGAGUUCACGCUCUCUGACUAGAUCAGAGGAACAAAGGUUUUUUAUUUUUCUAUAAUAUCCUAAUUAUUUCAUUUUUUUAGCGAUAAGCUUCCCUGACUUCCGAAUGAAAAUAAUGGAGAAGGCCUGGAGAACUACGAGCCCCGAUCUACAAGGGACUGUCCGAUAUCGUUUUGAUACGAGAUCCGGACAAAGUAAAUACAAGGUGAGUUUUCCGAAAGCGUUCAAGUCUCAAAAUAAAGUUUCUUUUUUUCAGAUAGAAGAAGUAGUUGUCGAAUCAAGCAAUCGAUACGGAAGGGAAACGUUGACGGAAAAUAACACCAAUGAAAGGAACAUUAUUUGUGAGUUUUUUGAGUUUCAAUCCAAGUUCAUCAUUUUUGCUUAGAUACAUAAAGAAUAUUCUCAUGCAAAGCUGACUUCAGACAAACAACAACGAUUUCGAAAACUUCUGGAAAAGCGAUGUUUCUUGUAACAAAUGUCUAAAAAAUAUGAAACUGAGCCUAGAUCUUUUUUUUCGUUAACCCUUCAUGAUUUCCUCUUUUUCAAUUUUUCAUGAAUCACUUUCUAAUAAUUGUUUUAUUUGAUCAUCUGUUCAAAAAUCCUGGCUUACACUUUUUUUAUUUUUUUGACUCCUCACAUUCUUAAUUUUUUUCUGUAAUGAACUUUUGAAUCGGUUUUAUGCAAUUUUUCUUGAUAAAUUUUUCGUACAAUAUUGGAAAAAAAUGAACUACUACGCAAUUUCUCACAAAAUGUUUAUCAAUACCUUUAAUAGAAAUUCAACUGAAAACAUUGAGAAAAUGACUAAAAAUUUUAUAUUCAGUUUGCUAAUAUUUUUCGAUUUCUGUGAGCGAAGAUCAAUGAGGUUUAUUUGAAUUAUAACAACAAUUUUUCGAAUAUUUAUCCAUUAUUAUUCUGAGAAAUUUUUCCUGUUCCUUCGUUCCACGAUAUGAUUUUCAAUGGAAAUUGUUGAAUAAAAAAAUGUUUAUUUUUUUCCUGUUUGUGGUUUAUUCCGUCAUAUGUUUAACCUUCAUGGAAUAUUUUGAAUAAUAUCAAAUAUGAUUUCUGGCUACUGGAAAAGUCUUUAUUUCUCAAACAUACUUUUCGAAAACUAUGGAGAAGAUCUAUUUUUUUGAACUAUCCAACUAUUUUCAGAGACUCAUGUGAAAAAGGGAUGUCGAAUCAACUGUCCUGACACUUGCGUCGAGGAUUUGCAAAAUAGAGGUUUUUUCUCUUUGUUAUCUAAUGUAAUAUAUUCAUUCAAUGACUUUGUCCUUUUAGGUUGGUCGGGGGAUUCUCGUGAAUUGAACAAGAAAAAUGGUCGAAAUCGGUCAUGAGGGACCCCGAUGGGUUGCUUUGAAAUCUCAGGCGAGACGCUUCGCCUCUCGUGAGUUUUCUUUUUCAUUUUCUACAUUUUCAUCUUACCCUAAAGUGACCAAUUUUGUGUUGUUGUGUUUCAAAAAUGAAAUUCUGGUUCUUCAACCAAAUUAGGACGUCAUUCGCAACUAUUUGAUUUUUCCAACUACAUCAAUUUGAGAAGAAUUUCCUAGAAAAAGAAAGCACGGCUUGGAAUUAAAAGCUUUUUCGCGUAUAAAUUACCCACAUAAAGAUAACGUUUUUGAAAAUGUUUCAAUCAAAGUUUUUUUCUUUUAACAUGCGAUGAUUUGAUAUCAAAUGAACUGGCUUCAAAUAAUACCAGUUCUAUAUUUUCCGAUUUCCUGUUUUCUUGAACAUUUUUUUCCCACCGAAAAAGGGGAAAAAAAUUCUUUUCGAGGCCUUUUCUCAACAAAAUCUCGUUUCCAUCUUUCAUGAUAUGGGCAUUUUUUGAUAUCCAUUCCAUAAUUUUUCAAAAGACGUUUUUGAGGUCAUGGUCGAUUCCAUGUUUUCAUUAGUAAAUUUUUUCAGUAAACGAGAGGGGAAGAUCGCUGUAUCAAAGCUGUGCCGUUGAAUGAGGCCCAGAUCCGGCGCGGCUUGAGCUCUGGCUCCAAACACUGGUCCGUCACGCAGAUUUUAAUGACGGUACGUUCGACGUAGUAAGUUUCCAAAAGUAGGAAAUUCUGACUCGAAGAUUUUGAAAUUCACUGACACCUCCAUUCUUUUUCGAGGUUUUUUAACUUCUAUUUUCAAUAUUACCUUUUUUUGACAUUUCGGCUACAUGCGAACUCAGAAACUUUUUUAAUUUAUCAUUGUUUCUCUGGCUUUUGGAGAAACCAAUGCAAACAGUUUUUGUGCUUACCCGAUUAUUGUAUUAUGUUGAAACUGAUGUUCAUCUUUUCCAGUUGCCGGACCCCGUCUUCGAUGAGCGAAACGGACGGCUCGUCACGACGUUCCCCGGCUGGCAGCAUUCACAACAUUACGGACUCGAUGACGACAAACUCAUCACUCCCAGCAAACGCAACGGGAAACGUCCGCUGACAGCUCAGUCGCAGUCCUCCGCACCGACGACGCCAAACGGAGCCAUGCUCAACGGAAACGCCGCCACGACGCCCUCGACGCCCCUCGAUGACGGCUGUUUCGCCGAAUCCUUCGUUCAUUGGGUUGAAGCAAAAUCACAGCAUCAAGAUGGAGAAGGUCGAAGAGAAGCCAUUCAGCAAUGUCAAUGGCCACCGUAAGCAUCCGAACGGGUACAUCAAAAAGAGGAGGUUGGUAUUGAAAUGGCUCCAUUCCAAUCAUUUAUACUCACUUUGCAGGACUCGUGAAGCCUUCGACGAGCGCUGCUUCGUCGUUGUCCAACACAGACACGACGACCUUGCCGAACGUGACGAUCACCACUGCAAUCGAAUCUCUGAUUAGAGAUUCCCAAAUUCUCCGGCGAGACGCUUCGCCUCUCGUGAGUUUUUUUUCCCAUUUUUUACAGUUUUAUAUUACCUUAUUCAAAAUGUGAUCUAUUUUCGUGUAGUUCUGUUUCGAAAAAAGAAUUUUGAAUUUAAACAAAAGUGGGAAGAAAUUCGCAACUAAUCAUUCAUUUUGGAGAAGUUUUUUUUGAAAGCGAGCGCGCGGUUUUGAAUAUUUGAAGCCGUUUCGAAUUUUUCAUGUGCUCGAAUUCUGACUACUCUGUAUAUCCCUUAGCACAAAAAAUCUUUUUUGUUGUUGUUUGGAAAUGAUUUCGAUCUCAUUACGAGCUAAAAACUUACGUUUAUCCUCUGGAAAUUGGACACUAUAGGCGCAAUCUAGUACUCAGUUUGCAACGAAAUCUUUAUUUUUAGCGACAAACACAUAAUUCCAAUUAUUUUCGGAACGUUUCUAACGAAUUAAUUUCAUUUCAUACUUAAUCAAAACUCUCCGUUUCAACAAAGCUGAAAACGGCUUUAACUUUCAAAGUUUCACUACGUUUUUCGCCGAUGUGCAGUCUUCAUGUUUUCUAUUUGUAGGCUGUAGAUCUGAUAGUAUUAGAAAGAUGUCUGUGUAGCAUCGAAAUUUUCUUGAUUUUAUUUCAUUUGAGACGAAUAUAAUAAGUUUUUUUCAGUCAACGAAAGGGGAGAACCGCUGUGUCAAAGUGGGUCCGCCGGACGAAUGUUCGGCCGGCUAG